GCCUCAAGACCUUCGACAUGGGUAUCUCCCGCUCUUCCCGGCACAAACGUUCGGCCACGGGUGCUCAGCGCCCUAGCUACCGCAAGAAGCGCAAAUUCGAGCUCGGCCGUCAGCCCGCCAACACCAAGCUUGGCCCUAAGCGUGUUCACACCGUUCGUGUCCGUGGGGGGAACCUCAAGUACCGUGCUCUUCGUCUGGAGACCGGUAACUUCGCCUGGGGCAGCGAACACACAACGCGCAAGACUCGUAUUCUCACCGUCGUUUACAACGCCUCGAACAACGAGUUGGUCCGCACGAACACCCUCGUCAAGAGCGCCAUCGUUCAGGUCGACGCGACCCCCUUCCGUCAGUGGUAUGAGGCUCAUUACGCUCAGCCCGUGACCAAGAGGGGUGCGAAGAAGGAGACCACUGAGGCCACCGAGGAGAAAAAGCUGUCGCAACACGCUCAGCGUCACUUGGACGAGAAGCGCAAGGACGCCAAAGUUGAUAUUCUCCUCGAGACUCAGUUUGCUGCCGGUCGUCUCUACGCCUGCAUCUCUAGCCGGCCAGGCCAGUCCGGUCGCGCUGACGGUUACGUUCUCGAAGGCAAAGAACUUGAGUUCUACCUCAGGAAGAUCAGGACUGGUAAGCAGAAGCACGCCCACGCAGCAUAAAUCAGCCUUCGUGGAUUCACUUCUGCUCUGCGUUCUCCUUUACUCGGGGGUCGAGGCACCUGAACGGUCGUGGCGCAUGGGCUGGCACUGAAUCGAGCGUGGGCAAAACUGGAAGCUAUGAUCCCCUCUUUCCUUCCGCUUUUAUUGUAUGAAGACAUGUCCCCUGUCCCGUGUUCUGUCGCAAUGCAUGUCCUUUGUCACUCUAGCUGUAUCAUCACCAGGAACUAUAAGAUGGGCGCGACAGACUUUU